CUACCAGCCAAGCUAUGAUGUUCCCUGUAUCAGGGACGGCAUUUGGAGAAUCGGCUGCGGACUCGAUAAUGUGCACUGUCCAUGUGACCCAGACAAACAGGAGGCCAUGGCAUUGGUUCUGAUAUCAUGUCUGGUUGCACGCACACCAGCAGAUAUUUCAAGAGCUCGAGAUACUGCAUCAUCAGCCUGUGCUCAUGUAUCCAAGAGAAGACUUUCAACCACAGGACCCUUAUCCGUUUCCAGCACCCCAAGAACCGUUGAAGUUGCAGUCGAGCAGUCUGUAUCGGCAAGAGAUGCUGCUGUUGGCCAACAAGACCAACUUGGAGAAACCGUAUCAACAAAGGGUGGUAUUUCGACUGGGGCCAUAACAGGUACUGCUGUUGCAGUUGUGGCGGCCGUUCUCCUGGUACUAGCCUUGGUGUACUUGGGACGUAAGAAGAGGAGGACUAUCUUCGAAGAGGCUGGAUACGGCGGUGAGACUGCAACCGAGUUGACCGGGAAGCGCAGCCUAGGGCAUGGAACAAGGACAGAAAGGACUAUCUCUUGGGAAGCACCAUCGUCGGCUCACUAGCUCAAGAACGUUGAGUCUGGAUCGCUUAAGAAGACUAUUAAGGGGCAGGGAGCCGACUUUCACUUAGUCUAUCGAUGGACUGCCUGCUUCCAGGACUCAAUCGCUGGGCAGUGGCAUAUUAAUUUGGGUGGUUGGCGAGGGAAUGAGGCAGAACUGUCGUGUGUAUCGUACAACAGGUCUGAGAACAAGACGGACAAUCGAGUAGUGUUCAACAAAGAUAAGUUGCAUGAAGAGCUACACGUAACAUUGCCCAUGAGCGCCCUGCCUUGAAGAGAUCGAAGCAAUCUUAGCUGACCGUCGUCACCUGCAAAUACACCCCAAACAACUGGUAUCGAGCUAUGCGUUCCCAAAACGAAGUAGCCC